AUGACUGCGACGUCGUCACUCCUCCCACCGGCAUCGCUGGCAAAACUCAAGACCAUCGAGGACAGGAUCGAAUACAAGUACUCCCAGGAUAGGAUCGACCAAGGUCUUGAUCAGGACGGAAACGAUAUCGACUCCUACCACUCUCAACAAAAGGGUGACGAUGAUGAAGACCAAGCACUCAUGAACUGGCUCUUCAAAACUCUCGUCAGACUUGAAGAAACCGCACCUCCAGAGGAAGAAGAAGACGAAUCGGGAAAUCUUGUAGAACUGGAAGAGACAGAGGGGGAGAUGGAGUAUCGACAGGAGCACGAGAAGCUGACGGAACGAGUCUCGGCAUGUGUGGCUCAUUUCUGCGGACGGGCUGCGUCGGGGGCCAUGACUAGGACCUGGACUUUUCGAUCAAAUCCGCCUCAAUCGUUGAAGAUCCAUGAUCCGAGUUUUACGGGUGGUGAUGUCGGGUUCAAGACCUUUGGAUCUGCCUACCUACUGUCCAAACAUAUUGCACAAGGAGAUAUACCACAGCUGGAACCAUGGACAAGCGAAUCACCGACCAUUCCUGCAUCAACACAGUUAGCACUCCCAAAGAUCCUAGAACUCGGCAGUGGCACAGGACUGGUCGGCUUUACAGCAGCACUCUACUCAAAUCCAAACGGCCCCAAUGUCAUCCUCUCAGACUACCACCCUAACGUCAUCUCGACCCUCCACCACAACAGCAAACUCAACAAUCUCAACAGCAAAUGCGAUAUCCGAUUGCUGGACUGGCGUGAUAUCCUUCGGAAACGGAAGCUUCGUUGGAAUGCAUGGCAGCACAAGGGCGACAAGCAAGAACAGGAUACAACCACGGCGGAGACUCCUCACAGGUCAACAGAGUACGAUAACCUCGCACCAUCCUCAAUCUCGGCGGAACCCAGGGACGACGAGACGGACUGUCAAGAACUGAAAGAAUCAGAACGCGUGGACUUGAUCAUUGGCGCCGAGGUGGUCUACGACCACGGGCAUGCUGAGUUGGUCGCCCAUGUGGUGGACGAGUACCUCAAGAAGGACCUUAUCUCGGACGACACACAGAUCCCUCUUGAACGACGCCGGCCCGCCUUCCAUAUUAUGUUCCCGCUCAGGAAGACACAUGCCGAUGUGAUUGCCGAUUUCGAUUUCUGGAUGGACAAGAUGGGGCUGGUUGAUUGUCGUCAAGCAAAGGAGUGGGGCCGUGAAGAUGGAGAGACGACAUUCUUGUACCAUUGGCGGGAAUAUGUCCGCAAGGAGCACCUCUCAGCAUAG